CGGCCUCCCCGGAGACCCCUGGCCUCCCAGCCCGCUUCCGGGAACCCCUCGGCCUGCCCCGGCCGCUUCGCCCGAGCGCUUCGGCCUUCCAGACCCCUCCCCGAAGCCCCGGGCCUCCCCGGCUGCUUCCCUGAGUCCUUCCUCUCGCCAGAGGCCGAGCGCCCCUCGGAGCCCCUCGGCCUCCCCCGCCCGCUCUCCCGAAGGCAGCGCGGGGCUGUAGGGUGUGCCGGGAGCGUGGUCGGUGGGCUGGGAACACACGUGGGUGGCCGAGACGGCUAGAAGCGGUGCAAGGGCGGGUGGGACCGGAGGGAGUCCGGGUUUGUCUAGGGGCGCGGUGAGGGCCCAGGAGCCGCGAAUGGUGGGCGGUGGUGCCGGGCUUGGGGCUGGGGGCCUGGAAGGUUUCUGGAGGACUAGGAGGGAGUGGGAGCUCCAGGGAUGGAACGGGAGUUUCGGGACUCGUCUACAAGGGAUGUCAGGAUACGGAGCGUGACACCUGGAGGGGUCCUGGGGCAUAUUGGGAAGGACUCACAGACAAUGGAGUCGAUGGCAAUGAGGCCUUGAACUGCGAGUGGAUUGUGGGUGAGGAGAGGGAGCAGGGAAUUAUUUAUAAAAGGAAUACAGAGGGAUGAGGUAUCCGGAGGGUAAUGGGGAAGUGUACCUGGGAGAUUUACGGGGGGUAAGGAGGAGCCAGUAUAGUGAUGAGAAACCAUCUAGGGUAGGUCAGGAGGAUAGAAGAUGUAUAUGUGUUUGUUGGGGAGGGUGAUUUGUCAGCUGGAAUGGAUUUAGAGGGGCAAAGACUGGGUUUGUGGACUGUCUAAGGGAGAUGGUCAAUGGAGUGAGAGCAGAAAUAAGGUGACACUUAGGGGAAAGGGGAAGGGGCAUGAUCGGCAACUGGAGGGAGAACCUACAAGUUAUCUGAUUAGGGAGGAAGGAGGUCCUUUGAUAUCUGGGAAGGGGAGAUCUAGGGCUUUUGGGUGUUUUUCAGGAGAGGGUGACCAGUAACUAAAUGCCUGUGGAGAGGCCACUUCUGAAGAGUUGAAGACCACCAGGGUCUCCACAUUAAAGGGCCUGGCCAUGGGAAGAACAGUGAUAGGCCCAAAUUUGCAGACUGGUAAAGAGUAGUGGAGGUGGAAGACUACUAAAGACCCAGGAACUUCAUGUAGAAUUUCAGCUUUGCUUCAUUCCAGUUUCAUUUAUUUAGUGGACAUUUAUCCUUCCUGGACUAGGCUUUGGGAUUACAACCCAGAACCAACAAGCAAGAACUUUUCCCUCUCCAAAAUUUCGGUCGGAAGGGAAAGAAACAUUGACUAAUGAGUUUUAAGAGUGACAAAUAUUACCACAAGGAAGUACAAGAUGAAGUUAUACGGAAGCGUCUCCUCAUUGAUGGAGAUGGUGCUGGAGAUGAUCGGAGAAUUAAUCUGCUAGUGAAGAGUUUCAUUAAAUGGUGCAACUCUGGGUCCCAGGAAGAGGGGUAUAGCCAGUACCAACGUAUGCUGAGCACGCUGUCUCAAUGUGAAUUUUCAAUGGGCAAAACUUUACUAGUAUAUGAUAUGAAUCUCAGAGAAAUGGAAAAUUAUGAAAAAAUUUACAAGGAAAUAGAAUGUAGCAUAGCUGGAGCACAUGAAAAAAUUGCUGAGUGCAAAAAGCAAAUUCUUCAAGCAAAACGAAUACGAAAAAAUCGCCAAGAAUAUGAUGCUUUGGCAAAAGUGAUUCAACACCAUCCAGACAGGCAUGAGACAUUAAAGGAACUAGAGGCUCUGGGAAAAGAAUUAGAGCAUCUUUCACACAUUAAAGAAAGUGUUGAAGAUAAGCUGGAAUUGAGACGGAAACAGUUUCACGUUCUUCUUAGUACCAUCCAUGAACUUCAGCAAACAUUGGAAAAUGAUGAAAAACUCUCAGAGGUAGAAGACGCUCAGGAAGCAAGCAUGGAAACAGAUCCUAAGCCAUAGACAAGCUAAUCGCCCACCACUCCCAGGAAUAUUGAAAUAGCUACGUGACCAUAAUGUGUUUAAAAUGUGGUGUGCUCUUGAGAUAUUUAAAGUUUUGGCAGUAAAAUACUCUGUUUUUAAAUAUGAAUGUGUAUUUCAUUCAUAUUUCCUCACACAAAGGAAAAUGACUUCAGUAUAGAUUUGUUUUUAUUAAAAUGCAUUUUUUUAUUCUUAAGUGGUAGGAAGCAACAUCCAAAAAUGCUUAAUAAAAUGCUUUUAAGCUGGA